AUGGGAAAUUUUUUAGGUGUGAGAUUGACUAGGAAUUAAAAACAAAGCAAUGAAAAUAUUGACAUAAUUAAUUUUUUGAAGAAAAAAAAAAUGAAAGACAUUUAUGAAAUUGUGGAGAUAAUUAGAGACUACUACCCUACUAAUUAAACAUUUACUUAAGAUGAAUUUUGUGAUGCAUUUCAACUUCUACUUGAUGAGUAUUGUGAAAGACUGUUUUUAAUAUUAGAAAAUUAGCAUAAUCCAGAUGGCGCAAUAGACCUUUAUGAAAGUUUGGCUACAUGCGUAAUUCUAUGUGGAGACGAAUUUGAUCUGAAAAUAGAAUUUGUAUUUUAACUUUUUGACUUUAACAAAAAUGAAACUAUAGAACUAGAUGAACUUAUCUUAAACAAUUAAGCUUCUAUUCGAGGUUUAUGUAAAAUUGCCUCUUUACCACCUCCAACUCUCAAGUAAAUCGAGGAAUAUUCGAUGGCAAUAUUUAAAGAUGUGGAUUCCGAUAAAGGUGGUACAGUUUCAUUAGAUGAAUAUAAAAAUUGGAUUAAAUUUAAUUGGGAACUUCAAGAUUUUUUUUUAAAAUAUGCUAACGUCUAAACUUUUGAAAAUGCUGAGCGUCGUUGCACAGAGUUUAAAUUCACUUUUGAAAAACUUUUUAACACAAUUGUUGGCAACACAGCUGAAUUUGUUGAUGCAAAUAUUUUAGAUUCUAUUCUUACAUAAGAGCUUAAAUUAACACAAGAUGGCAACAUGAACAUACUAAUGAAUGUGCUUAAAGCAACUUCAAAAGUCGACUGUCCAAAUAUUAAAGAGGGGUAAAUUUAUAAAAAGUCAUACUUAUCUGUCAUGAAAUCGUGGGGGGCAUUUGAUUCCACAGACAUUAAUGGAGACAACAAACUUUCAAUUGAUGAAAUAAAAUAUUUGAUAUAUGCAUAUGAAGGAGAUAAACCAGAUGAAGAUAGAUUGUAGUAUGAAAUGGAGUAGCUAGAUAAAGAUAAUAGCGGUUACGUUUCAAGAAAAGAGUGGAUAGAAUAUUUAUGUAUCGACCCUAACAAUGCUUCAAAAGCUGCAUUUCGUUCUGACUUGAAAGUACUCUUUUUGUAAUAUGAUUAAGAUAGGAGUGGAUUUCUCACUAAAUAAGAAUUACUACAGCUUCUUUAAUAACAAAUGUCCUCAUAUACAGCAAUUUACCAAGCAAAAGGUGGUAAAGAUCUUUAAGAUUAUAAUGGAAUGGUAAAUUCAAUUACUGAAACAAUCAUGGAACAAAUUGAAGGAAAGUAUUAAACUGGAAGAGUUUCAUGGUCAUAAUUUAAAAUAUUUAUGGAAAAAGCUUAUGUUGAAAUGGAAAACUUAAAAGAAUUCCUUAAUAGUCUUUUGUGA